UAAAAAGGCAACCUUCAGCCAUGAAGUUUCAAAUUCUGUGCUUUCUCCUGCUGUUGGCUUGCAUGUAUCCAAGUUUGGCACAAGGUUCCUAUGAAAAUUGCUGUUUGAAAUAUGGAAGAAUAAGGAAGUCCUACAAAAAUCAUAUUGAGAGAUACAGACUGCAGGAAACAGAUGGAGGAUGUAACAUUCGCGCUAUUGUAUUCAAGAUGAAACAGAAAACAUUCUGUGCUGAUCCUAAAGAACACUGGGUACAACAACUGAUCAAACAAAUCAAUGAGAAAAACAAUGUGUAGGGAGUGCAUUUCAGAGACAGCUUUGUCAUUGACCCAAUUUUGUGUAGAGCUAAAUGAUCACGCCACUACAGACUGAACUGUUGUAUUUUGAAUACAAAAGAACAGUAGUAUAUGACAGCAGCAUUGUAACAGGGUUAUGUCGCUUAUUCCACUAUCGAUUCUGCUGAUUCAUAAUUUCUCUAUCAGACUAUGAGUUAUUAUCUUCAUGUAGAGGUUCAUAAUGAACUGUAUUGUAUGGUUCGCUUGUCUUCUGUUCAGUAUAUAAGAGCAACGCGAAUGUAUUAACUGUGAAUGUUUGUUCUAUGUGUCUCCUUGUUCCACCACGGAUGGGUGCAUGGUCUCUCUUUUUAUUAAUAUUUUUUUUCUUUUUUGACUUUUCAUUCAAAUAUAACCUGUGAACCACAAAGCCUACAUAUGUAAAAGUGUGUGUGUGUGUUUGAGUGUGUGUGGGUAUGAGUGAUGUACAUACAUCUAUGCAUUUAAUUAAUCUGUUUUACUAUAAUAAAGUGCCGCAAUGGUACAUAUAAAUUG